AUGCGGCCUGUGGACGUUUCUCAACAGGCAUUCCGAUCUGCGACAGUGAAAAGGUUUAACUCCAACGUUACUCUUGAACAAGAAUUCAGCACUCUUACUCCUACUUUUUACAAUACAUAUUAUUUGAAACAGGUGAAUCCAUUCAGAGACCGAAUCUGUAAGGUCUUUUCCACGAAUACAAAUGGGACAUUUUCAUUUGAGGACUUUCUAGAAAUGAUGUCAGCCUUCAGUGAAAAUGCAUCACUCACUGUAAAGAUAGGAUAUGCAUUUCGAAUUUAUGAUAUAAAUGGAAAUAAUUAUAUUGAUGAAGAUGACUUAAGGCACAUCAUACUUCGUUUGACUAAAGGAGAUGAGGCUGAAGAGAACAUACAAAUUUUGACUCAUUAUAUUAUGGAAGAGGGAGAUUUAAAUGAUGAUUUCAUGUUGUCAUUUUCAGAGUUUGAAAAUGUGAUCAGCAAAUCACCCGACUUUCAAAAGUCUUUUACAGUUCGUUUGUAACUGAGUGUGAAGAAUUGCUUCAGACAACAAGC